AUGUCCAGUCUCGCUCCCCCCAGCCCUAGCGUGUCCCCCGCCCCGAGCGGCGGCAGGUCUCCCAGCUACCGUGCCUCCAUGGGUCCCACCUCUGCUCGCGGCGGGCCUCAGGGCCUGCCCCCCGCUUCCCCCCGUCCGAACGGAGCUCGUCCCACCAGCGAGCUCCUGGGCGGCGCAGGCAUGUUCCAAACUCCCGAGGCGGAAGCUAUCGACCAGUGGUUUGAGACUUUCCAGAACUAUGAGGCGACGCUGGAAGAAAUGGCUGCUGCCUCUCUUGACGUCAAUUUCAAGGAAGAACUGAGUGCCAUCGAGCAAUGGUUCAAGGUCCUUUCCGAAGCCGAGCGCACAGCCGCUCUUUACAGUCUUUUGCAACAUUCUACUCAAGUUCAGAUUCGCUUCUUCAUCACCGUCCUUCAGCAAAUGGCUAGAUCCGACCCCAUGACUGCCCUCCUUUCUCCUGCCGUUGGAGGUUCCAUGCAGAGCCAGAUGGAGGCUAAGCUAGCCAGCAUGAGCCUCAAGUCUCCGGGGCUCAAGUCCAACCUGCCUGCUUCGCCCACUGCUCGCAACUUCUCUGGCAGUGGCAUGGGUGCCUCUUUCCUCUCGCCGGAGUCUGCGAACAACACCUCCGGCGCCGACCCCGCUGCUACUCUUGCCCAUCAGCGCGCCAAGCUCAAGGCAAGCAACGCCGCUCACCGCAUUUCUGCCCCUGUCCUUUCGACCACCAUCGGCGCUGACCGCAACACGUGGGGCACCGGCUCGAACCAGCUCGGCCAGGUCGACGAGCGUGCCCCAUCGCCCGGCGGUCAGGAGAUCACCAUCCCGUCGUCCAACCCCGCUUCGCGCCCCAAGAGCACCGACUUCUCCGGCCUCGCGAACGCCCUGAAGUCCCCUCGCGUUGGUGAUGACAUCGGUGACCAGCUGUCUCCCAUGCCGGGUGGCAGCUGGGCGAGCAUGGACACUCGCAACCCGAGCCAGAGCCUCGAUGCUGCGGCGCAGAAGCUCAACGACUGGAACGGCGGAAACAGCGGCGCCGUCCCUCUGAUGUCGGACCCUCCCAAGAGGCUCAACCGUCUCUCCAAGGGCGCUCCGGGAAACGACGUCGAGGAGCACCAACACCAAAACGGCGGCGGCCAGCGCAAUGUCUCGGGCGGCUUCCGCAACAAUGGCAACUUGAGCGCGUUCGGUGGCCAGGCCGGCUGGGGCGGCGCACGUAGCCCCGCCCUCUCAAACACGUCGGGUCGCUACAGCGACGACGGCAGCAUGAACGGUCUCGGCAUGAACGGCUUCGCUAUGGGCAUGGGCAACCCUGCCCUCGCCGGUCUGCAGGGUGGAGGCGGCUUCAAUAUGGCGGCGCUUGCUGCGGCGGGCAUGGCGCCCGUCAGUCCCUUCAACAGCAUGUUCAACAUGUCGAACCUCGCCGCGAUGGGACUCUCUCCGGAGCAGAUGAUCGCGAUGCAGAUGGCGGCGGCUGGCCAGCUUGGGCAGCUCGGUCAGGCCGGCUUCAACCCGAUGGGCAUGCUCGGGGGACAGAACAACAUGCGCGGGAAUCGCGGCGUCGGCAACCGAGACAGGAACACCAAGUCUCCCGGGCAGCGGGAGAAGAAAGACGAUGAGGACGUCGACCCGAAGCUGCUCGAGGACAUCCCGGCGUGGCUCCGGAGCCUGCGCCUGCACAAGUACACGCCCAACUUCGAGAACGUCGACUGGCGUGACAUGGUCAUGAUGGACGAGGCCCAGCUCGAGGCGAAGGGCGUCGCGGCCCUGGGGGCGAGGCGGAAGAUGCUCAAGACGUUCGAGGUCGUGCGCAAGAAGAUGGGCCUGGAUGAUUCGGCGGGCUCUGCCUAA